AUGGGCCAAGAUCUCAUCCCUACACUCCACUGCCUCCAUCACUCCGCUGCAUUCCGCGUUCUGUGGGCUCUCGAGGAGCUGAAGGCGCUGAACGGCACCACGUUCCAUGUCAAGACGUACCCUCGAAUCCGAGCGCUGGCCCCAGAAGAGCUGAAGAAAGUGUUCCCCCUUGGGAAAUCGCCCAUCCUCGUUCUCGAAUGGGCAGACAAACGCGACGAGCCCCUCCCCGUCUUCCAGCUCCAGCCUGAAGUUCUCACCGAGGCGCAGCUGAUCCUGCGCUUCCUCAGCGACGAGUACGGCGGCGGGGUGUGGGAGCCAGAGUCCAAGGAGGAUGAGAGGCGCGACACGUUCUUCCAGGCGUUUGCCACAAUGACGCUCACCCCCAGGCUGGAUAUGCUCGUGGCUUUUGAGAGUUUGCUCAGGGCGCUCCCGUUUGGCAUCUCUGGCCUGGUGCGCCUCGUCAUCGGCCCCGUGAUCAACAUCUUCAAGAGCGGGCUCACCGUUUUCUUUGAGCUCCUAGAAACAUCCCUUACUGAUGAGAAGCCGUGGUUUUCCGGGGCAAAGUUUGGCCUUGCGGAUUUCAACCUGAGCUUUGGUCUUGAUACGGCUUCGCAGAGAGGCUACAUCGACCCUAAGAAGUACCCAAAACUGACUGAGUGGUCUUCGAAGAUUCAGUCUCGGGAAGGAUAUAAGACGGCCAUUAAGGAAAGCGGUGGUUACGAUCUGAAAACGUACGGUAUGAAGUAA